AUGUAUUUAGCUAUAAUAACUUUACCUUUAUUAGGAUCAAUAGUUGCCGGAUUUUUAGGUAGAAAAGUCGGAGUUAGCGGGGCACAAUUUAUUACAUGUUCAAGUGUAAUUGUAACAACCUUACUAGCAAUCGUAGCUUUUUUUGAAGUAGGUUUAAAUAACAUACCUGUGUCAAUAAACCUUUUUAGAUGAAUAGAUAGUGAAUCACUAAAUGUUUUAUGAGGUUUCCAUUUUGAUAGUUUAACAGUGUCGAUGCUUUUACCGGUUUUAAUCGUUUCUUCUUUAGUGCAUAUUUAUUCUAUAGGAUAUAUGAGCCAUGAUCCUCAUAAUCAACGAUUCUUUAGUUAUUUAAGUUUGUUCACUUUCAUGAUGAUUGUGCUAGUAACAGCAAACAAUUUCCUACUAAUGUUCGUAGGUUGAGAGGGUGUUGGAAUUUGUAGUUAUCUUUUAGUAAGUUUCUGAUUUACUAGAAUAGCAGCAAAUCAAAGUUCUAUCUCUGCUUUAUUAACUAACAGAGUAGGUGAUUGUUUUUUAACUGUAGGUAUGUUUGCUAUAUUAUGAAGUUUUGAUUAUGCUACAGUUUUUUCAUUAGCUCCUUUUGUUAGUGAAAACAUUGUUACAAUUAUAGGAAUUUGCUUAUUAAUUGGUGCUAUGGCUAAAAGUUCUCAAGUUGGAUUACAUGUCUGGUUACCGAUGGCGAUGGAAGGUCCUACACCAGUUUCUGCAUUAAUACAUGCUGCUACUAUGGUAACGGCAGGUGUGUAUCUUUUAAUGCGUACUAGUCCUUUAAUAGAAUACAGUUCAACUGUAUUAAUAUUAUGCUUAUGAUUAGGGGCUAUAACUACUGUAUUUAGUAGCCUUAUUGGAUUAUUUCAACAGGAUAUUAAAAAAGUUAUUGCCUAUUCUACUAUGAGCCAAUUAGGUAUGAUGGUAAUAGCAGUAGGUUUAUCAUCAUAUAACCUUGCCUUAUUCCACUUAGUUAAUCAUGCUUUUUAUAAAGCAUUGUUAUUCCUAGGUGCCGGGGCUGUAAUUCAUUCAGUUGCGGAUAAUCAAGAUUUUAGAAAAUAUGGAGGGUUAAGACCCUUCUUGCCUUUAACUUAUUCUGUAAUGUUAAUAGCAAGCCUUAGCUUAGUUGCUUUCCCGUUUAUGACCGGGUUCUAUAGUAAAGAUUUUAUUUUAGAGUCUGCAUAUGGACAGUUUUACUUUAGUGGUACUGUUGUUUACUUUAUAGCUACGGUUGGUGCUAUGUUUACGACUUUAUAUAGUGUGAAAGUAUUAUAUAUUACUUUUUUAGGGCCGGCUUUAGGUCCCAUGACUAAUUAUAGUAAUGCACAUGAAGGUAAUUUCUUUAUGAGUUUACCCUUAGUAGUUUUAGCCUUAUUCUCUAUAUUCUUCGGUUAUAUCACUAAAGAUCUUUUUAUAGGUUUAGGGUCUGGUUUCUUUACGGAUAAUUCUAUAUUUAUUCAUCCAACACAUGAAAUUAUGUUAGAUACGGAAUUUGCUGUACCAACCUUCUUUAAACUUUUACCUUUGGGUCUUACAUUAUGUCUUAGUACAUUAGCCAUUAUCAUAUCGGAAUUUUACUCAGAAUUGAUUGUGAGAUUUAAGUACACAAGAUUUGGUUACAACUUAUAUGGAUUCUUUAAUCAAAGAUUCUAUGUAGAAAUGUUCUAUAAUAACUUUAUUACAAACAAAGUGUUACACCUAGGUGGUCUAACAACUAAGGUUUUAGAUAAGGGAAGUGUAGAGCUUAUUGGUCCUUACGGACUAGAGAAAGUGUUAUUAAGCCUUAGCCAGAAUGUAAACAAGCUAAGUACUGGUAUUGUUACUAGUUAUGCCUUGUAUGUAUUAGUUGGUCUGGUUUCUUUUAUGUUUAUUUUUUACUUAAAUGAAAGUUGACAUAGUUUAAUUAUAUUAAUUGGUUUAGGACUCUUGAGUCUAAAUCACAAUAAUCCUGAUUCAGACAUGGGAAGACGUUCUGUAUAA